AUGUCCGUCGCCGCCGAGUUUGAGGCGGCAAACCAGAAGUACGCGGCGUCCUUUGCAAAGGGCGGCCUGCCACUUCCCCCCGGCCGAAAGGUUGCGGUAGUCGCGUGCAUGGAUGCAAGGCUGGACCCAGCCAAAAUCCUCGGCCUGGAGGAGGGCGACGCCCAUGUUAUUCGCAACGCGGGCGGACGCACAAUUGAAGCGUUGCGAUCAAUUAUCAUCUCCCAGCAGCUCUUGGGGACCCGAGAGAUUGCCAUUGUACAUCAUACCGACUGCGGGAUGCUCACCUUUUCGGAUGAGGACCUGCGGUCCAAGGUGAGAAGUGAAUUGGCCGAGAACGUCGACCAUUUCGCCUUCCUCCCUUUCAGCGACCUCAAGGCAAGCGUCCAAGACGACAUUCAGAUUCUCAAGAAGAGCCCGCUGGUGCUCGAUGUACCCAUCACGGGCUACAUCUACGACGUCAAGACUGGCAAGAUUGACAAAGUCUAG